GUUUUAUGGAAAGGCAUGUAUACACGAGGAUCCGGCAAACCAACAAUUGUUUUAGAGGCGGUCGCGUCGUAUGAUCUCUGGAUAUGGCACGCGUUUUUUGGGUCUCCAGACGGUAUUUAUCCAAAAUGGCCAACGUUUAUUCAAUCCAUACCACUACCACAGACUCCAAAAGCAUCUUUAUUUGCUGACCGCCAAGAAAGCUACCGAAAAGAUGUUGAGCGUGCGUUCGGUGUCCUACAAGCUAGAUUCGCGGUCAUUAAAAAUCCAUGUCUUUUAUGGGAUAAAGACCAAGUGGGAUUGAUUAUGAGGGCGUGUAUCAUACUCCACAAUAUGAUUGUCGAAAAUGAACGAGAUGGAUACAGUCAAGCUGAGGUUUCUGAUUUCCCACAAGCAGAGGGUGUGGAUCUUUCAUAUUCUAUCAAUAUGAAUUCAAAUAUUAGCAACGUGUUGAAUGGUCAAAUAAUAAUCCGUGAUAGAGAAGUGCAUGACCAAUUGAAACUUGAUUUAAUUGAACAUUUGUGGACUAAAUUUGGAUAUUAAUUAUGUUUCAUGUUUUAAUUAAAUAUGUUUCUAUAUUUUAUUUCAUGGUGUGUUUUAUGUUUUUGUUU